UUUCAAGGAUCAAUUUUCAUUACAGUUGCCACUACAAUUAAAAAAAGCACCAUUAGUAGAGGAAUGAAUGAUAAUAAUUAUCACCAACACAAGCACUUGAAGUCUUGAAUGAGGAGUAUCAUUGAAUUGAAUACCCACCAGAACCUACACCAGAGCACUGAUAAAUUCACCAACCUUACUUAUAUUUCUCUGUUCAUUUCUUUCUUUCUCAUUUAUUAAUUCCAACCUCUUUCCCACUCUUGAAGAAAAGCUGCGAUUCUGCUUCCCCAUAUGUUCAAGUUUCUUUGGCUCUCUCUCUCUCCCUCUAAUCUUAUGUGUUAUUGUGAAGUGAACUGUUUAAAAAGAUUGAAUCUUUUUACAAAGAUGAAGCAAAAAGUUUAGAGCUUUCAUGUUCUAUACAAAGACAAAAGUGUUUCUUGACUUGGGUUUUCUUUUUUUGUUUGUUCUUUUGGCUUUGACUGACCUGCAAAAACCAGACAAGGUAUGCUCACAUUCCUUCUUCAAACUACAAGACCUUCAGUACUCCUCAAAUACCCAGUUGUUAUCUAAAUAGCACUUUACAAGUUGUGUUCUUUAAGCAUUUGAAUAGCACCACUAGUUUGUAACUUGUUAACUCACUUGUUAUUAAGAGCUUUACCACAAUAACUCUGGCUUUAAUGGAGUUGCAGCAUCUAAGAUGGACCAAGUAGAAGCAUGUAUGAUAUGAAGGUGUUCUAUCUUUUGUAAAGCAUUUGCGAGAGGUUUUGAGGUGGUUGAUUUUGGGUCAGUUUGGUUUAUUUGUUGUCUGUUUGUCAAUUUCCGACUCUGAAUCCUAAUGGGUUUUAGUUUCUUUAGUUCUAUCUUCAUUCUUUCAAUGUUCUUCAAGCCUUUACCUUGUCAACAACCCAAUACAGAUGCUUUCUUUGUGUCUGAAUUCUUGAAGCAAAUGGGCUACACCUCUUCACUCUACAAUUUCUCUGCUCCUGUUUGUUCUUGGCAAGGUGUGUUUUGUGAUUCCAAAGGAAGUGUUUCUGGAUUGGUAGCUUCUGGUUAUGGUCUUUCUGGUUCAAUUCCUGAUAUCACUAUUGGCAAGCUAACAAAGCUCAGAACUUUGGAUCUUAGCAACAACAAAAUCACCGCUUUGCCUUCAGAUUUAUGGAGUUUGGGCUCUCUCAUCACCCUCAAUCUCUCUUCAAAUCAGGUUUCUGGGUUCCUCGCCAGCAACAUUGGCAAUUUUGGUAUGCUUGAAACAAUUGAUCUAUCAAGCAACAAUUUCAGUGGUGAAAUCCCUGCAGCAAUAAGCUCACUUUCUAGCUUGAGAGUUCUUAAGCUCAACCGAAAUGGAUUUCAAGGAAGCAUUCCAGUGGGAAUUCUAAAUUGCCGGUCGCUGACUCUCAUUGAUCUUUCCUUGAAUAAGUUAGAUGGUUCCUUACCAGAUGGUUUUGGUGCUGCAUUCCCAAAGCUCAAAUCUUUGAACAUUGCAGGAAACAGGAUUAAAGGACGGGAUUCGGAUUUCUUAGAAAUGAAAUGCAUCACUAGUCUCAAUAUUUCUCAGAAUUUGUUUCAUGGUCCAGUUAUGGGUGUGUUUUUGGAAAUGUUGGAGGUGAUAGACCUGAGCAGGAACCAGUUUCAAGGUCACAUUUCUCAGGUACAAUUCAAUUCUAGUUUUAAUUGGUCUCAUUUGAUCCACUUGGAUUUGUCAGAAAAUCAACUUAGUGGAGAUAUUUUUCCCAAUCUGAAUCAAGCCCAGAAUCUCAAACAUCUUAAUUUAGCAUUCAAUAGAUUUGCUAGGCAAGAAAUUCCACAAAUUGAUAUGCUUUGGGAAUUAGAGUAUCUCAAUUUGUCCAAAACUAGUCUCAUUGGCCUUGUUCCUAGUAAAGUUGCACAACUGAGUAAACUGCAUACACUUGAUCUAUCUGACAACCAUCUCAGUGGCCAUAUUCCUCCAUUCCCUGUCAAAAACCUCCAAGUUCUUGAUGUUUCACAUAAUAAUUUGAGUGGAGAAAUCCCUUUGUCCCUCUUACAAAAACUCCCUUGGAUGGAGAGGUUCAACUUCUCUUACAACAACUUAACUCUCUGUGCUUCUGAAUUUUCCCUUGAAACCCUCCAAAGACAAUUUUAUGGAUCAUUAAACAGCUGCCCAAUUGCUGCGAACCCAGAUCUUUUCAGAAGAAAGGCCACCAAACAUAAGGGAUUAAAACUUGCUCUAGCCUUAGCCCUUUCAAUGGUCUGCUUGCUGGCUGGGUUGCUUUUUAUAGCCGUUGGUUGCAGGAGGAAAUCCAGUAGAUGGGCAGUAAAACAAAAUUCAUACAAAGAAGAACAAAACAUUUCGGGUCCAUUCUCAUUCCAGACUGAUUCAACCACAUGGGUGGCUGAUGUUAAGCAGGCAACAUCAGUUGCUGUAGUGCUUUUUGAGAAGCCAUUGCUGAAUAUCACUUUUGCGGACCUCUUAUCUGCAACCUCAAGUUUUGACCGAGGCACACUUUUGGCCGAAGGGAAGUUUGGGCCUGUUUACAGAGGAUUUCUACCUGGUGGAAUUCAUGUUGCUGUAAAAGUCUUAGUCCAUGGAUCUACAUUGACAGACCAAGAAGCUGCAAGAGAGCUCGAGUAUCUUGGUCGAAUUAAGCAUCCCAAUCUUGUUCCACUAACAGGGUAUUGCAUAGCAGGAGAUCAAAGAAUAGCUAUCUAUGAUUACAUGGAGAAUGGAAACUUGCAGAAUUUACUCCAUGACUUGCCACUUGGUGUCCAAACAACUGAAGAUUGGAGCACAGACACAUGGGAAGAAGAUGACCAUAAUGGCAUUCAAAAUGUUGGCUCUGAAGGGUUACUGACAACCUGGAGAUUCCGACACAAAAUUGCACUUGGCACAGCUCGUGCAUUGGCAUUUCUCCAUCAUGGUUGUUCCCCCCCACUUAUUCAUAGGGAUGUUAAAGCUAGUAGUGUUUACCUGGACUAUAACUUGGAGCCCAGACUGUCUGAUUUUGGACUCGCCAAGGUCUUUGGCAAUGGCUUAGAUGAGGAGAUUGCUCGUGGUUCUCCGGGUUACGUUCCUCCAGAGUUUUCUGAUCCAGAAAACAACUAUCCAACUCCAAAAUCUGAUGUCUAUUGCUUUGGGAUUGUUUUGUUUGAGCUAAUUACAGGAAAAAAGCCAAUUGGGGAUGAUUAUCCUGAAGAGAAAGAUGCAACUUUGGUGAGUUGGGUUAGAGGAUUAGUAAGGAAGAACCAAAUGUCAAGAGCUAUCGAUCCAAAAAUUCGAAAUACAGGACCGGAACAAGAAAUGGAAGAGGCUCUCAAGAUUGGAUAUUUGUGCACGGCAGACAUUCCCUUGAAGCGACCAAGCAUGCAGCAGAUAGUUGGACUUCUUAAAGAUAUUGAACCAACGGUUCGCCAAUGAGGAUGAAAUGGAAGCUUGUUCCUGUGCCUUUUUGCUUUUCAUUUCUGUAUUGAGUUAUUUCUAUGCUGCAAUUGGGAGGGAUUGUACAGUAGUCUAUGAAAAUCUGUUUUUGAUGUUUACCUUUCCUUCACUGGUAGCAUAAAAGUUAAUUUACAUACACGAUAGUUUAAUCCUUGAAAAGCUAGUAUCAUUCUUCCUA